CAAGAAAUUGAUCCAUUUACCCCUACCCUUGGGCAAAAGAAUGCACCCCCCUGCUGGGAUGCACCUUUCACCACCUGACCAAAGCAGGGAUCUUUCCGCGCUAAAAUUCCAGCUGGACCGUUCUGUCCAACGUCAGCUACUUACUACAAAGAUGGGUACCUACAUCCAUACAUAGGUAUUGUAGAGGUACCUACCUUCAGGAUGCCAACACCCAAUUUGACAUGGCAGGAUGAGGCUGCAUCAAGAUUGGCAAAUAUAUGGUCGCUUGCAUGCACCGAUACAUCACGAGGGAGAGCGGGGGAGACGCCUUAAGGGAGAGGUCCAUAUGACUGGCGUGUUUCGUUGUCCAUGUAGUGAUGAUAGGGAUGCUGCCUUCAUUUAAUGGCGAUGACUUCGCUCUUCCCCAUUAAAAUCUUCUUAGGGCAUCACGCUUGCUAGUGAAGUUCGACACAUGUUCGCUGAGCCGCAUAUUGCAGAGAUCGAGGAGAAGAUCGAGGACAAGAUCACCUGGAUUCAAAAGAAGAAGGAUGGGCUGGAGGAGAAAAGUGCUACUAUCGCCGAUGUUCCCCAAGAUCUGAAGGACCCAAUGUCGAAAAGUGCGUCGCAGCCGACUGAGAACAGAGGCCGGGGUGACGCUCUUGAUAUCGAUGAAUGAGCUACGAGAGACGAGGAAAUCAUCGAUGAACUUAAUGAGGCAAUAGAGGACGCGGAGCCAGAGCCGGUGGAGCUGGAGGAGGAGGAGCAGGCCCUGGAAGACUAUGUGAAGGUUGUGUGAUGUAUUUUUCUAGCAUCGGCUGGUCCUUCUCAGUGUCUGUCAGCAUGCCUAGCUUCUCAUCGGGUUCUUGCCGUUUCCCAGGAGACUCUUGGACCCUUUUAGUGGCCUCGCGAGGGACGAAUAAGUUGUUAUCCGUGAGGUAUUGAGUGUAUCGUUCCGAGUUCUCCAGCCGCCGCUUAACUUCAAGGGUAGACGGGCCGCCCUUCCCGUCGCGCUCAAAGAAUUGG